AACCGACGCUCGACAGCAGGGUCCCGGUCCCGGGAGCAAUCGAGUGUUGCCGGGAUGGAGAACCUGUGAAAAAAAAAGGGACGCUGUUACUUAAAUUCGACACCGGGGGAGGGAUGGCUUUGGAGACGGUGAGAGUGGUAGUGCGCUGCAGACCAAGCAACAGCCGCGAAAAGGACCUGAACUGCAAGGUGGUGGUCUCCAUGGACAGUGCCCGCGGUCAGUGUUUCAUCCAGAAGCCUGGGGCUCCCGGCGAGCCUCCAAAACAGUUCACUUUCGACGGCGUCUUUUACAUAGAGAGCACCACCGAGCAGCUGUACAAUGAGAUCGCCUACCCGCUGGUGGAGGGUGUCACUGAAGGCUACAAUGGAACAAUAUUUGCCUAUGGACAGACAGGAAGUGGGAAAUCAUUUACCAUGCAAGGCAUUUCUUCUCCAACAUCACAACGAGGAGUUAUCCCUAGAGCUUUUGAACAUAUAUUUGAGAGUAUCCAGUGUACCGAAAAUACCAAGUUCCUGGUGAGGGCUUCAUAUUUGGAGAUUUACAAUGAAGAGAUACGUGAUCUUCUGGGAAAAGACACAAAACAGAAGCUAGAGCUCAAGGAGCAUCCAGAGAAGGGUAUUUACGUGAAAGACCUCUCCAUGCACACUGUGCAUAGUGUCGUAGAGUGUGAAAAAAUCAUGGAUAUUGGCUGGGGCAAUCGUGCCGUGGGAUACACCCUCAUGAACAAAGAUUCAUCACGUUCACAUUCCAUAUUCACCAUUCAUUUGGAGAUGUGCUCAGUAGAUGACAAUGGGAAGGAUCACAUCCGUGUAGGGAAGUUAAACCUUGUUGAUUUGGCAGGUAGUGAAAGACAGGCAAAAACUGGAGCAACUGGAGAUCGACUGAAAGAGGCGACUAAAAUCAAUCUGUCACUUUCAGCACUCGGGAAUGUAAUCUCUGCAUUGGUAGAUGGCAGAUCAAAGCAUAUUCCAUACCGUGACUCCAAACUGACACGAAUGUUGCAGGACUCCCUAGGGGGUAACACCAAAACUCUGAUGGUAGCAUGUCUGUCUCCAGCUGACAAUAAUUAUGAUGAAAGUCUUAGCACUUUACGGUAUGCAAAUAGGGCAAAGAACAUCAAAAACAAGCCAAGAAUUAAUGAAGAUCCAAAGGAUGCUUUGCUCAGAGAAUAUCAGGAGGAGAUUAAACAGUUGAAGGCACUUUUAGCUGGACAGCUUGGAAAUGGUAAUUUGUCUAAUUUUCUAAAUAAAGUACAAAUGAGUAAUACCCAAGCAACCAAUAAUUCUGCUAAGAAUACUGAACUCCAUGCUGAAAUAGAAAUUGAGAAAGAAAAUAUGAGACAGGAAUAUGAGCAGAAAUUAUCAAAAAUCAAAGCAGAUUAUGAAGCAGAACAGAAGUCCAAUGUUAAGUUACAAGAAGAUAUUGAAAAACUAAGAAAUUCUUUUGAAAUGAAGCUGGCACACAUUGAAGCUUUUGAUAAGGCCACUGAUGCACCUUCCUUUGAAGAAAGCACCCGUGCCAUAGAGAUAACUCAGCCGUUUAAUGUUAAAUUGGCAGAUGUGAGUGAAGUAGAACAGAAGCUAGCUAUCGCUAUGUUGAUUGAACCAGAGCCUGAAAUAACUGAACAAGAUAUCAGAAGUAUGAAAGAUACAGCAUCUACUGAAGAGCAGCAUUCUCUAUUAGGAGUGCAACUGUCAAAGGGUGAAAUUGCAGCAGAAUGUUCUCCGGUUGCUUCAUCACCUGCCACAUUAGAUCAUGAAGAGGUACUUGCAAGGCUGAAGAUGUUGGAGAAUGAAGUAGUUGGGGGAGAACAGGCCAAAAAUACAGAGUUGAAGGAGAAACGAAAACGGCGGAAAAAAUAUGCUGAUGAGCGAAAGAAUCAACUUGCAGAAGCACUGAAACACGCAGACAGGGAUGAUCCUACUAUCCUGAUCAACGUAUAUGAAUCUAUUCAAGAUGAAGUUAGAGCAAAAAGCAAAAGUAUAGAAAACUUGCAAAGAAAGCUAACGAUUGCUGAGAUAGAAAUCUCUGAUCUUCAAACUGAGUUUGAGUUUGAGCGCAUUGAUUAUCUGUCUACCAUAAGGAGGCAGGAACGAGAAAACAUUCUACUUCAGCAAGUCCUGGAAAGAAUCCAGCCGUUAAUUCGACGUGAAUGUAACUACAGUAAUAUAGAUAGAAUGAAGCGGGAAAGUGUUUGGGAUGAAGAAAGUGGUUGCUGGAAACUACCAGAAAUGGUUCUGCAAAAGAUCUCUCUUCCAUCUGCUGGCUCCUGUGCAGCAUCAAAUAAGCAAGGGGUGAGAGUCUCUGCUAAUGAUAUUACAGAUUGCUCAAUGUGGUGUCAAGAAAACAACCUCUCCCUCAAUGUCGCAAAAACAAAGGAACUGAUUGUGGAUUACAGGAGGAAUGGAGACGGGCUAACCCCUAUUGACAGUAAUGGAUCUGGGGUUGAGAGGGAAGAAGAUCGUUACAGACAAAUGCUCAACCGCAGUGAUAGUGAAAAUAUUGCCAACAAUUAUUUCAAGUCAAAGCGUGCCAUUCAAAUCUUGAAUACAGAUCCUGCGCGAAGUCUCUUGCACAAUCAGACAUCUAUGCAUAAUAUGUCUCUUAACAAUGGGUCAUCUUCCCACACUAUCUCCAAUCUAAAUACAGUGUCUCCAACCCAGCCAUCUGAUAUGCCGACACCAAGGCCUUUCCGUUUGGAAUCACUGGAACUUCAUACAUCCUCUGCCAAAAACAAACGCAAGAAAAACAAAAGUAGUUUUUUCAUGGACACUGCCUGAUGCACAACGAUUACAAUAAAAUAUCGCGUUUAAGGUAUUUGUUAUGUUUUUCUCCAUUGUGCUUUUACUACUGCAUACAGCAACCUGGCAUGAGUCUGUUCAUAGACCUCUCCCAAUGCUGCUGUACAACCAACUGCUCAAAUGUUUGAGAAAAUUAAUGCUACUGUACCAAAGGCUUAUUUUUGUCAGAUGAUGGCUCAACCUCCCUACAAAUGCUUUCUUGUAUGAGAUGUUGUCUGUAGUUUACUGAUUGAGACUUGUAUCCUAUUGUGGUCUAAUGUAGCAUUUUUUUUCAAAGCAACACAUCUCUGUAUUGUAUAUUGCUAUUCUUACUGUAAUUUAAAUAUAUCUAAAGUUAAAAUUCUAAUUGUAAACUUCCAUGUAGCUCAUGUCAUCAAAACCACAUUUUAUCAUUCUGAAUGUCACCAAAAUAAUUGUUAAAAUAAUUCCUUCUGCUUCCAUUCUGCUCUUUAAUUACUUCAAACCAUUUAUUACCAUUCAUAACGAAACUAAGAAAUCUAUACCUACUUCCAAGUCAGACACAUUUCCCUCUCAAUGAUUAAUAACUGAAUUAUUGCAUGUUAACCUCCUCCCUACUUUUCUGAAAACAAGAGUUGUCUUUUUCAGUUCUGGGAAGUCAUUUGUCCACUAUUCUGAACAACAGUUAAUGCUUCAUAAAUUUCCAGGCUCUCUCUUGUUUGUUUUUAUAUACAGAAAUCAUUACCCUCAUCCUCACCUGUAAUAACAAAAUGAAUACUCAUACUUCGCCCAGUAACAAACCAGCUUUCAAAAAGCUUACGUUCACCUUUAUGUUAAAUAGAUAUUCUUCUGAAAUCUCUCAUUUGUUUUAAGUGUUGUUGAGCAUUUCAGUAUCAUUGCCAUAUUUAAAAAAGUUUUAAGACAAAUAACAUUGUUGCAUGAAACACCAUAAAUAGAUUUUCAUCUGAUAAAACAAUGAUUUAUUUCUUGAAUGUGCAAAUUAGCCUCAGAUACUCAGUCCUCGGAUAAGGACUGAAAGAAAAUAAUGAACAAGAAGUAUUUUUACUUUAACCUCAAUAGACACAAAUUUAUUUCAUUCUCUUUAUUAGGAAUACUAUAACCCAUACUUACCCUGUCCUUUCUUCACCAGACUCUUUGGCUUCAGUCCUCAUAGUUUUGAAAUUGAAACGCAUCUAACAUUUUAGAGGGAACCCUCAAUUUACUUUCAACUUCAGUAUCCAAUCCUCUUAAUUUAUAUGUCUCAUUUUUAUCAACCUUAUGUCAGGUAAAGCUGUGAACCCUCUCUAAAUCUGUUGUAAACAAUUCUACUUUUUGCAUAUUUGUCACACUGAGAUACUCCCGUAAAUUAUGUUAUUUUAACAUAAAUUGAAAAUUGGAGAUUGAAGCUGACCCAUAUUUUAAAAAAAGAAUUACUGUAUAAAGCCUUAAGAGCACAGUCAUGAAGUGUACAGCAGUCAAAAGGCUUGUAACUAUAAAAAUUUACUGUCUGUGCUGUCUGCUAAAUACAAUGAUUCUUCAGGGAAUAGGAGCAGGAAGUCUGGUAUAUAUUUGUUGCUGUUAGUAACAUUACACAAAUACUGCUGCCAGCAUAAAACCUUUGCCAAUAUCAGUCAUUGCUAAAAUUAUUGUUGCUGUGAUUUUGUAUUUGCUGUAACAAGUAAACAGAGACAAGCACUUCCAUUCAAAAAUAAUUGUUGGUCAUUCUCUGGGUACCUCUUUGAUUCCAAUGACUGUUUCUUGGUUCAACUAAUAACUUCACAGAUAAAUAUUUUGUAUGAUAUAACAUAACUCAAGCUUACAGGCUCUUGAGUUUAAUUAUCAGCAUGAGCUAAUGAUGAUCAGCUGGGUUGAAUUGCUGAUAAGAUUGAUUUUAGUGGCUGUGGGCAGGGCUAAAUUAGAAUCAAGUGAUAGUUUGUGGAUGUUGAAUGAAACUACAUGUUAGACUUGUCAUGAUUUUCUGCAGUAUAACAACCUUAUGAGCUGCUCAGGCAAGCUGACACCAUGAGUCUGUACAGUGGGCCAGAGAUGAAGAGCUUGACUUUGCUCUGCACUGACAUCUCAAACUUGUGAACCACCCCUUCCCUGUACACAAUGUGUUUAAUUGUGUAGAACUUGAUUCAACACCUCUAAACAUGCAAAUAUUACUGAAGUUUCUUUAGUGAUCUGAUAGGAAAUCUCACUGCCCAAAAUUUAUAAUGAGCCAUUAAGAGAAGGAAGAUAAGUUAGCUGACCUCCAAUGAGUCAGAGACAUUAGGCUGCUGUAAUUGGUCACACUCUGUAGGUGAGGGAAUGAGCGGGUUAAAUGGGCAUACAUCCUGUGAUUCUUACUGCAGGUUGCACGCAGUUGUUUCAUGGGAACUGGAUCAAAUUUCUCUGUAGUUGAUGCUUGUCCUGAUAAUUGCCAGCUACCUUUGAACGUAUCUUCUUAAAAUAAGUAAAGUCAAUAAGAUUUACUGGAAGGAAUAUGAGGCUUGGAAUUGGAACAUGAGAAGUAUGUGUGUACAUUCAGGUUGCAGCAAAAUUUUUAUUAUUAAUUUCACUAAAAGUUGAAUAGAGCUGGACAUGUAGACACAUUCUAUCAUGGCGUGCCAUUGAAGACUAUAGCACAGCUGGCUUCAUUUUACAAUAUUAGAAUUUUAACUUUUAAUGCUUAAAAUGGGAAUGCUUUUUUAAAUGAUGAAAGAUGAAUAAUAAGUUUCAAUGAAAUGAGAUUUGAUUGAAAAUGAGGUUAGGAGGAAAUGGACAUAAUUGUUUUCAUAAAUUUGUACAAAGAAGACUUUUAACUAUGUAUUAAUGACAGAACUAAUAUAUGUAUUAAGUAUGUUAAUUAAGUUACAUUAACUGUUUUGUUUUUAAUAUCUGUGCUGUUCUGUAAAUAUCCACAAUAAAGU